CGUUUUUGAAUUUAAGUUAUUUCUACAGUUUACGCUCUCAUCAAAAACUUCAAAGUUGAAUAGCGAACUUGUUGCAUCUACUUUCAAACGAUAAGAAUUUACCUGUUUUCUGUGAGAAAGUGAACUUGUUAUCUAAUUAGCAUGUUAAAAGGCAUUUAAAGUCCAAACCUCAUUUUGUGUUAUCUGAUCUACCAAUACGAUAAUGAGGGCAGUAGAUACUAACGUGUUGUUUUUGAAGAAUUCGUUACGAUGCACCUGCAGUUCGUAAUGCAGUAUCGUCGCUUGAAACAUAGUACCUACUUAUUACUUAGUGUACUAUUGUAAUUAUGACAUGGUUGAACGGUGAAUUAAGAAAAUCCAGUUAGCGCAGCUACGUGGAACUGUUUUAUUGACAAAAAGUGAUAGACUAGUCACCUGAACCCAAAAUGAGUCAUAACUGGUCAGUGGUUUGCCCGUAUGCCGCUAUUGUUUUGUUUUUGUGGAAUACAGAUACGAUGAGUAAACAGUGAAGAAUGCUAACCGUUAAAGAGAGCCUGUUAUAUAUUUGAAAAGUUGGACAGUGUGGUGAAGUAUUGUUUAAAAAGUACAAUACAAGACUAAAACAAGUAAAUAUAAUGAGAAGAUUUUGUCCAGCAUAAGAAAUGGCUCAAAGUUCAGUAGAUUCUGAUAGAUUAUCAUCAGCUGGAAUUUCCACACACAGUUCAGGAACUGCUGGUCCUGUGGGUGGAUCUGUGGUUGGUGUAAGAGCUGGAGAUCAAGGACAUAAAAGAGAGGAUGAAGAUGAUUAUUUAGGACCAUUACCUCCAAUGUGGGAAAAGGCUUUUACACCUUCAGGAGAGAGGUAUUUUAUAGACUACAACACUGGUACAUCACACUGGCUAGACCCCCGUCUUGCUAGGGUAAGGAAGCAUUCUUUAGGAGAAUGUGGUGAAGAUGAACUUCCAUAUGGGUGGGAACGGGUCACAGAUGAAAGAUAUGGAUCAUAUUAUGUAGACCACAUCAACAGACGGACUCAGUAUGAGAAUCCAGUGCUUCAAGCUAGGCGAUUAAGAGCUGAGAAGUUAGUAGCGGAAAACAACAACAAUUAUCAAUCAAAUGGUACUACGCCCACUGGGGAGUUACGUGGCGAAAGGUUCUCACUUACUCUUACUAAAGGAACACAGGGGCUGGGCUUCACUUUGAUUGGUGCUGAAGGAUCUCCAGAGACUGAAGGAUAUCUCCAAAUAAGGAGCAUUGUACCACACAGUCCAGCCUGGAUAGAUGGUGCGUUAAGGCCCGGUGACGUAAUAGUAGGCGUGGGCAACCGCGGUGUGCGUGGACUGUCGCACGCGCAGGUCGCACAGAUUUUCCAGGGGAUAGCGGCCGGAAGUGACGUCGCAUUGCAUUUUGUUAGAGGAUAUCCUCUAUCAUUUGACUCUGAAGACCCCAACACAAGAGUGCUUAGUACAUUAGCAGUAGAUGCUAGCAGUGAUGCAGUGGCCAUGCAGCAAUUAACUAGGGCUUUGCGGACGAGGUUUAACUUAGACUCCCCUAACGAUCAAAGUCGCGACGAAACAGAUAACUCAUGUGAAGUCAAUCCAACUCAACGCCGGCUUUUAUCCCGUAGUUUUGACCUGGAUGAAAUUCCUGCAACGGAAGCGAACUCACUACCACCACGAUGCCCAUCUGCUGACCAUUUACUCACUUUGGCUACUGAUCACCAACACCGUAGUGUGACAAAUGAACCCGGGCGAGAGCUUGUAUUGACAUUGAGGCGUGGUGCAGCUGGAUUUGGUUUCACCAUAGCUGAUAGUGUCCAUGGACAGAAAGUCAAAAAGGUGUUAGAUCUCGGCAGAUGCGCGGGAUUGCGGGAAGGUGACUUACUUCUUCAAAUUGGAGACACGGAUGUACGUCAUGUACCACAUCAACGUGUUGUGCAGGUGCUAAAAGAAUGCCCAGCGAUGUCAGAAACCACACUACGAGUGUGGAGAAAGAAUACAAUAACACGCGCGCCCAGAAGUCGGUCUGCUACAAGGGUUCAACCAGCUAAUACAAACGCAGUGAAUUCUCAGCUCGGUAGAAGUAAAACCCCGACAGCUGAACAGCUUCGAUCACCUGCCGUUGCAGCUGACACACGCCGGCAAAAUGAAAUGAAUUCAGUUGAAGCUACCUACGCGGUGCCUGAACACAAAUCACGCGAAACCCGCGAAAGCAUCAUGGAACGACGCCGCAGAAGUUCCACGCCUGGGGCCAGACUUACCCUGCCGGUAGUCACGCCUUGGAGUGAACAAACAGACAACUGGACCGAACGAGAGACCUGGAUAGAUAAUUCCAAUAAUAUACGAAAUUGGGCAGAAAACGCACAAAAGUGGGACGGUGCAAGCCAAAAGUGGGACGGGUCGAGCCAAAAGUGGGACGGCUCGAGCCAAAAGUGGGACGGGUCAAGCCAAAAAUGGGAUGGAUCCAGCCAAAAGUGGGACGGGGAAGGUACAAGUAAUGGGAAUUGGGAGGGUAACGGUGAGAGGUGGAAUAACAACUGGGGCGAAGUACCUACACCGACAGUUCACGUUGAUAUGAACGCUGCCUACUGGAGGGGAAAUGCGAGUGUGGCAGAUAGUAGCGAUAAUGGAGGUUUUCCCGAAGAUGGUUUACUUCACUCUCCAACAACAGCAGCUAUUGGUGGUAUGUCCCGGCAGUCACCGUCUACUAGUCGCCUUAGACCACACUCACCAGCUAACUCUACAGGUCGACUACGCAGUAAUUCACCAUCGAACACCAGCGCAACAGACAGACUUCUCAACACAUCACCUUCAACGAGACUUCAAAGUCAAUCUCCUUCAAAUAACUCUUCUAACGGAAGAUUGAAGGGGUCACCACUCAGGCUCCGCGACCCAUCUCCAUCUCGUCACAUCCACUCGCCCGUUUCACACAGAUCAGCGUCCUGCUUCGACGCCGACAUGCAGCAGUCUGGAUAUGUCGCUAAUUAUCCCCAGGUUGAAGCUGGAGGCUCAACUGACCCCGAAGCAGAUGUCCUUGUACGUCUAGCUCGCGGCAGUGCAGGGUUUGGAUUCCGUAUUGUUGGUGGGACCGAAGACGGCAGCCGCGUAGCGGUGGGUUAUGUUGUACCGGGUGGUCCAGCCGACGGACUUCUACGCCCGGGAGAUCUGUUGACAUCAGUAGAUGGAAUUCCUCUAAGUGGCGCUACACAUGCGCGAGCGGUGGCCUAUGUAUGCCAGGCUGCGUCUAGAGGACAUGUGACAUUGGGCGUGAGACACAACAGAGCGGAUAUUCAGCCUUUGGGUAUUCCAGCUGUAGUACCUGCUCAUCAACACCAGCCGUUGCUUCCCGCUGAACCUCCGGUGGCUCACGUACCAGCUUCUUAUAAUAUUCUUCACCCAGCACCCAUGUACCCACCGGCUGCACCUAUAUAUGGCGUCCAAUAUGAGGCAGGCGGUGGUUGGACAGUGCCGUAUGACGUCACAGUGACGAGAAACGAAGGAGAGGGCUUUGGAUUCGUCGUUAUUUCAUCUACCAAUAAAGCUACGAGUACAAUAGGACAAUUAAUCGCCAAUUCUCCAGCGGCUCGAUGCGGUCUCCUUCACGUUGGAGACACAAUAGUGGCUAUCAACCACUUACCGGUCCGUAACCUGCCUCACCCCGAAGUAGUGGCCCUCAUUAAGAGAUCAGGCACCACUGUCACCCUCACGGUAUUACCACCGGACUGAACUGUUAGCCCUAAAUACUAUUUUUCAUUAGUUAACUUUUGAAAAUUGUCUACUGUCGUAGAAAGUUUUUUCUAUACAUAUCCGGACUUGUGUUAAAUAGUUAAAGGAUGACAAACAAUAAUUUAAAUUAAGAAUGCUCUCAAUUGUUACGAACAUUUCACAGACCUGCAUAUUAUUAAGGUUAGAAGCAAGACAUCAAUUAUUUUCCUUGCUUUUAAGGGUCUUUCGAGGUCUACGUACACUUGAUUGUCGUACCCAAAAUACAAAAUGUAUAUCUCUGUAAUAAAUUAGCAGUAUUUCUCUUUACCAACAUCAGCGAGUCGUAGCUAUUGAAACUUAUUUUGAAAAUGAAUCCCGCAAGAUAAUCUAGUUCUUACUAUUCCAAACUAUACAGUAUACUUUUAACUACGCAGAUAAACUUUCCACUCAUUCUCUCUUUCAUAUAGUAUUUGAAUUAACUUGUGAUAGUAUUUCCAUCUAACAGAAUUUGACCGUUUUCUUUGACUUUGAAAAUUCGAACACAACAUAAAUAUGAAU